AUGGGCUUUGAGAAUAAGCGGGUCGCCAUCGUUGGCGGCGGCCUCGGUGGCAUGUCAUUCCUGAACGCCGCCCUAUAUGCCGGUCUGAAGAAUGUCCAGCUCUAUGAGCAGGCGCCGCAAUUCUCUGAGGUGGGUGCUGGCGUGAACAUUACCUCCAACGCCAACCGGAUCCUGGAUACCUUUGGGCUGGAGGAGAGCAUGACGCGCAAGUCCUCGCGCAAGCUGCCAUGCUAUAUGGAGUACCGCAACUACAAGACGGGAGACUACUUGGGUCACAUUGACGAGUUCUCGCAACCGCCGGCGCGCUUGCUGCACCGCGCACACCUGCUGGACUCGCUGAAGGAGCGCGUGCCCGAGGCCUGCCUGAAUCUAGGCAAACAUUUGGCAUCGAUUGAGCGGAACACUAUUUCUAGCGCGGCGCCAUAUACCCUCCGUUUCCAGGACGGCAGCACUGCAGACGCGGAUCUCGUCAUCGGAUGCGACGGCAUUAAGUCGAAUGUGCGCCGGGACAUGGGCCUGGGCGACUCCCCCAACUACUCCGGCCAGGUCGUGUACCGUGGCUUUGUGGACUACCAGGACCUGCCUGCAGACACGGCACAGCUGCUCCGGAAGACCGUCAACUUCCGUGGCCCCAAGCGCCACGUCCUGAUCCUGCCCGUUGGUAACCAGGAGACCAAGACGGAUCGCGCUGCCGUCAUUGGCUUCAUGUCUGAGCCGAUUGAGUCUUGGGACUCGGAGAGCUGGAUGUCGCGCUCCGAGAUCUCCAGCUUGCACGAGCACGUCCGCGACUGGUGUCCACAGGUGCAGGAUAUCAUUGAGGGUCUGCGCAAGGGUUCCCCGGAUGGCCGCCAGGGAACAUGCAUGGCUAUUGAAUCGGGCAUCGCUCUCGCAACAAUCCUUCGCCACUGGAAGUCUGACGACCUGGAGGCCGCAUUCCAGUUCUAUCAGAACCUGCGCAAGCCCCGGACCGACCGGGUCACACAGACUAGCUAUGAAGCUGGCAAGCUGGCCAGUUCGGACUCGCCGGACCAGAUGACUAACAACUUCAACCCUGAGGCGCUAGGCGAGCGUAUGAGGUGGAUCAUGGAGUAUAAUGUUCUCGAUGACUUGCGCGCCAAGGGGGCCGAUGUUUUGGAUUUCCAAGACUCACGGCUCUAG